GGCAACAACAUGAUCCAGUUAUCCCUGGUCACCACUAUUGCUGCAGUUCUCUUGGUCACACUACAUUUUGAUGAAGCAUUAUCCAGUGGUCAUGAACUGGAAGAAAGAAGAUCAGACGAACCAAAGUAUUCACCACUGUGGUUUGGUCCAAGGGUUGGAAGAAAAAAACGAAGUGACGGCUUAUACAAAAAUGUUGAAAAUGAAGAUGGGGGAGUAUUUAUGGACUUUAUAAAGAAAAACCCUUGGACAGUAGUAACAUUUGGUAAUGGAAAAGGUCACGCCUUAAACCUGGUCUCAAAGAAUGGCGGGGAGUCUCUGGAGGAUUUGAGCAAUUCGGAGAUAAAUAACCUGAUCCAGAGAUCGAUGACUUUCGCUCCUAGAUUAGGAAGGACUACACUCCUGCAGAGAAUGGCGCGAGAUGAGAUUCCCUACCAGCUAAAUUGAUUCGAUGCCCCACUUCAUGUGGGACACUAUUAGUUGUACAUUUUGAAAUUUUUGCAAAUAAAUAAAUGCCAGUAUUUAUAUAACGUGUUCGUUUUGUUAUAUUUAAGAUAUUUCUCCACAAUAAUUAUGGCC